GUGGUUUAUCAGCCACUCCUCCUUUCCGUGCAAAUUCUAUUCAUGGCUGCUCAAUUGCCUGGUGGUUUUUCUCCCGUCCAAGCUGCCCACAAACGCAUACAAGUCGUAGCAGAACAGGCUAAACCAAAGCUUGAAGAGUUGCUCCGUAGAGAGUUCACCAUAUUUGAGGUGGUGACCUUCACUGAUCGAUACAAUGACAUGAUGAAAGAGGAUUGUGUCAAAAUAAAGGUAGAUGGCGAUAAAGUGCUUCUGGUUUAUCUUGAAGAAGCUGCCGUGAUGACCUUUCCACCUCAAGUAAACCUACUGAGUUACAUUCCUGAUGCCCCUGCUGAUUGUGAGCUUAACGAGUUUAUUGAAGAGCUAAUGAAGUUGAGGAAAUAACUAUAAUAUAGACAAAAUUUAAUUAUUGUUAUCACACAAAAUAGUAAAAAAGUUUGGGGUUUUGUAGUAAUUAAAAAAUUUUGUUCAAA